AUGCAGCGCGUGGCCGUCUUGUCGCACGUGAAGGCGAGUUCAGUGCCCCCGAGUCUUACGACCAGUAGCGCACGUCGGAUUGCGUGGCAUGGUGGCAAGAUUUCAUCCAAUAAGGUGGAGGCAUUGCAAAAGUUUUAUCAGCGUAAGCUCCGUACAGGUGAUCAACUAACAGCGCAGCAGAUUGAGACCAUGCAGGCAACUUUGCACGUGGAACUGGAUAAGAAGCGAGUUCAUACGAACUCGAAGAAAGGACUUGCGACCCAUCGAUCACACGCUAAAGUGACAGCAGAUGGGCAUCACAUGGUGCUCAAGACUGGACGCGUGCUUGGACCAAAGAUUGACAAAUUGAAGCCAAAGAUAAAAAAGACAAGGCGAAAAAAUACUGUCAAACAUCAGACUGUACCUCAGCUGAAGACGACGGGCAAGAUGUCGUCAAAGCAGGUGGAGAAAGACUCUUUUAUCUCGUUGGAAGACAAGUUGGGGCUUCCGUUACAUGCAUUAGUUGGAAAGAAGGUCAAACGCAGCAGUCGCACAAAACAAGGGUGA